AUGGAAUUUUUGUCACUGUCAGUCAGAUUUCAUUUCAACUAGCAAGUGAACCGGUUAAUUUUCGACUAAAAUUACAAUUACAAAUGAACUUUCUUCACAACUAGAGGCUGAAAUAACAAGACAAGAAUCUCUAAAACAUGUCUGAAGUAGAAAAUAGCGAAGUUGCGGUCGAAAAUGAGCAGAAAGACUACGUUGAAGAUGGGAAAAAUAAGUUGAACGUAAAGUGCAAAUUUUGCGGUUCAAAGAUACUAGAUAAGAAAUCAGCGAAGUAUAUCACGUUAGAGAAAGAUUUACCGCUAAUGCAACAAGACAACAACAGAAAGGAGGGCGAAAUCCAAAACGAACAAAUAAAGGAGUUCUAUCAUGUUGAAAACAUGUACACAUUUGAGAACAUUGGUUUCACGCACACAGUAGCAAAUUGUAAAUAUCUUAGCUGUGCUGAUUGUGACGCUGGGCCUGUUGGCUUUUAUGAUAUGGACACGAAACAUAGUUAUGUUGCUGUAUCUAGGAUUGAACAUGCUUAAAUAUACAUGCAUACAUUUUUUUUGUAUAAGAAAUGGUUUUGUCAACAGUACAUUUAUAAUAACUAGACUUAUCUGAAUUGUUUUUAUAGUUACUGCCAAAUAUUUUAAGCAUAUCUCUAUGUAACUUCAAAAUGGGUAUUGGAACACAAAACCCCAGAUGAUUCUAGUUAUUUAUAUAUGAACUGUAAUUUUUAGGCAAAGGUGACUAUUAUCAAUUAGGUUUUCAGCCUAUUCUGAUAUUCAAACUAAACAUAUUUAAAAUGUUGCCUUUGCCUAAUCCGUUAUAAAAUAUUAUCAGAAGUAGAUUUCAAUACUUUUUUAUUUUUUAUGUUAAACUGUAAUCCACUAUCAAUGAAAUUAAAUAGAAAUAGGUGCUUACUUUUAUCUCAAAAAUGCAGUAUCAUGUAUCUUAAAUAUUCAAUAUUACAAAGAAAUAGUAGGCAAAGCAUUGUUCUGAAUAAAUAAUUAUCUCCUGUUUUUAGAUAGAAAAUAAAGUGUAGUUUUCACAAAAUACAGUGAAACCUGGUUUAGUGAGACUUCAAGGGUCCUGCAAUUUCGUUUCACUUAUAGAGGUAUUCCACUUAGCCGGGGUCUCAGAUACCCAGGUAUAAAUAAAUAUCUUUCUCAGUUGCAGAGGGUUCCAUUAAUAGAGGCCAGAAUACAAGUUAUUUCAGUUAUAGAGGUGCGAUCAUUAAGUAAAAUAACGUGCUAUGUUUAAAUUAUAAAUAGAUUUAAAUAGAAAAAAUAAAAGUUUUGGCACAUUAAAUUCGACACAAACCAUCGCGUGUCUUCACACUUUCAUAAACGAAUAACUUUAGUUUUUCCGUAAACAUAAACAAAUAGUAAAGCAAAACUAAAACUGGAACCAUUGAGACUUCAAAUUACAUAAGUAGUUAAGUGCGGAAUUUAAACAAUAAGUUAUCAAAGAAACAAAACAAUGUUGUCUCAGUCACAGAGGUUUAUGCGUAUAAAAUUCACUUGCUGUCUCAUUUAUAGAGGUAACUGUGAUGAUAAAACAAAAUUACGAAUUCCAGUUAUAGAGGUUUGCUUCGUUCCACUAACAGAGGUAAAUCAAUGCCAAGGUGAUGGGACCGCAGCGUGAGGUCCAGUUAUGGAGGUAUUUCACUUAUCCAGGUCCCACUUAACCAAGUUUCACUGUAUGUAUAUCAAAUUUCUCAUUACAAAAA